AGGGUUACCGCGGAAUGAACACUGAUCUUUGCAUAACCUAGCAAUAGUAUAGGCGACCGCCAGAAGCCUAAACCAUGGACCUACUACAUGCCUUAACCAUUGUGACGUAAACAUUCAUAUCAUGGAACUCGACGACGCGCUCAAAUCCUUAGGCGACUUCGGUCGAUAUCAGACCAUUGUUUACGUGCUCAUAUGCCUCGUCGGACAACUCACGCAGUCCUGGCAUAUGCUCGCCAUCGGCUUCCUGGGGGCGGUUCCCGAGCAUCAUUGUCAGAUUCCUCCAGUGGGGGGUCCCGCGGACGAUGUCGGCGAUCCUUGGAAUCAUUACUACCCGCUUGAGCCGGGGAAGGUGGAUGGCGAAGACCCGGUGAAUUCCAGCUGUUCGAGAUACGUGAACUUCACCGCUGGCAAUGCGACGGAGGGGUGCACAGAUGGUUGGAUUUAUGAUGAAGAGCUCUAUGGUAAAACAAUUGCAACAGAGUGGAAUCUGGUGUGCGAUGAAAAGGGCAAAGUCGAUCUCUCGAUGUCAAUCUUCAUGGGUGGCGUCAUGGUCGGAUCCCUCGUCUUUGGACAGCUAUCGGAUCGUUACGGAAGGAAGCCGAUCUGGUUCAUUUCGAUCUGGGCCCAAAUCGCGUUCGGUGUCGCAGUCGCCUUCUCUCCCAACUACUGGACCUUCGUCGCCCUCCGGUUCUUCGUCGGCGUCUUCGAACAGGGUAUCGACCUGACGUCUUACGUGAUGGUAACGGAGAUGUUUACACCGAGUAAGCGUGGACCAGCGGGUAUCCUCCUCACCGUCUUCUGGGCUUCAGGAAUCAUGUCAUUACCGGGCCUGGCCUAUCUCCUCAAGGACUGGGUCUACCUUCAACUCGCCAUCUCAUUGCCCAAUAUAUUAACUGUCUUCAUCAUAGCAGCAAUUCCAGAAUCAACCAGAUGGCUAUUGUCCCGCGGGAAAAUAGACCAAGCGGAAGCAAACCUGCAGAGGAUUGCCAAAUUCAAUGGCAAGGAGAUCCCAUCACCGAUACUGUCCCAAGCUCAUCAGGCCAACACCUCGACCAACUACGAUAUUUGGACCUUGUCCAGAAGAACUAAAGUCAAUGCCAAGCUCAGACAAGUAUCUGCAGCAUCGGAUCCCGACCUUUACGACCUUACGAAUGGCGAUACGAAGACGCUUACCCUUGUGGAAGGGUACAGCAUUGCAAGCAUGGACGCGCUUUCGGAGUCGGAUGCGGUCUUUGGCGCGGAGAAACAUUUCACACUUCUUGAUUUGAUCCGGACGCGGAACAUGAGGAAGCUGACUAUCAUCAUGGCAUUUGUUUGGUUUGUAAAUAGCGUCAUCUACUACGGACUGUCGCUGAACACGGACAGUUUAGCAGGCGAUCCAUAUCUGAAUUUCUUCAUUAGUGGAGCUGUCGAGGUUCCCGCCUAUUUCGUUGCAGCCGGUCUCAUCAGAUGUGUUGGCAGACGGCUUCCACUCUGUGCCUGUCAUAUUAUCGGAGGUAUAGCCUGCAUAGCAACAGUAUUCAUUCCCGCCGAAACAGAGGGCGGUACAGAUCUUUCACCUGUUAUCGUUACCGUUGCAAUGGCAGGCAAAUUUUGUAUAUCGGCGUCAUACGCUAUCGUAUUUCUCUACGCGUCAGAACUCUUCCCUACAGUAAUCAGGAAUCUUGGACUGGGCGUGUCGUCGUUUUCUUCCAGAGUUGGUGGUAUCGUUGCUCCGUUUUUGCUUGCGCUCGAUGUCUACGAGGUCUGGCUACCAAUGACCAUUUUUGGUACCCUCUCGAUCCUGGCGGGUUUCAGCGUAUUACCCCUCCCUGAAACUCUGGGUCGCACUCAGCCCCAGACCAUACAGGAUGCCGAAGCUCUUCACCGCAGGACCCGGUCCAAGCUGGCCAGUGAUAAGCUACCGUUCUCAGCCCACAUUAAUUUGGAAGAUAACGACACUAAAUUAUGAUUUUCUUAUAAAAACACCAAAUGAAAGAUAAACCAAGUACUUUCAUUGAAUUAACGUAAAAGAGAAAGGAUCCUUCGGAAAACUUUAUAAUGAUCGAGGCAACCGAAUAUCCAAAUUGGUUUAUGACACCACUUUUGAUCAUUACAUGCGUUAUCAUUGUUUCUCUUUUCAUGAGGAAAGAGGGAGAUAGAGAGAGAGAGAGAGAGAGAGAGAGAGAGAGAGAGAGAGAGAGAGAG